CGAGAUCAAGGAGAAGACAAGGAUCUUUGUCUUGUUCUUUGUUGGUCUAGCUGUCUUUUCUUUCUUGCUCAACAUCAUUCAACAUUAUAGUUUUGCUUACAUGGGAGAGUACCUGACGAAACGUAUCAGAGAGAAGAUGCUCAAGAAGAUACUGACCUUUGAAGUCAACUGGUUUGAUGAAGAAGAGAACUCUAGUGGUGCAAUUUGCUCAAGACUUGCAAAAGAAGCUAACUUGGUGAGGUCGUUGGUUGGUGAACGAGUGUCAUUGUUGGUACAAACCAUAGCAGCAGUAGCCGUAGCUUGCACAGUAGGUUUAGUCAUCGCUUGGCGACUAGCCAUCGUGAUGAUCGCGGCACAGCCAGUCGUUGUAGUUUGCUUCUACACGCAACGCAUUCUCCUCAAAACCAUAUCCAAGAAAGCAAUCAAAGCGCAAGACGAGAGUAGCAAACUAGCAGCAGAAGCAGUCUCCAACAUCCGAACCAUCACAUCUUUCUCAUCACAAGAACGAAUCUUGAAACUACUAAAAAGAGUUCAAGAAGGUCCAAGAAAGGAAAGCGUUCGCCAAUCAUGGCUAGCUGGAACCGUCCUCGCAACGUCACGAAGCCUUAUAACAUGCACUUCGGUUUUAAACUUCUGGUAUGGUGGUAGACUCAUCGAUGAUGGCAAGAUGAAGGCGAAAGCAUUCUUUGAGAUUUUCUCGAUAUUUGUGAGUACCGGACGUGUUAUAGCAGACGCUGGAAGCAUGACGACCGAUCUAGCUAAAGGCUCAGAUGCGGUCGGGUCUGUGUUCGCAGUGUUGGACCGUUCCACGACCAUUGA